CUUGGUAUUCGAUCUUCAUCCGGAUUUCGAGGAGUGACGGCAGCAUGACGGCGGAUGCCAGCCGUAGUUGACCCUUAUCACCAUCACCGGAGAAAGAACAAACGCGGAUAGGCAAGUGAACACACUCAUAGGACAACAGGUUUACAGAUAUCAUUUAAUACAUAGAUAGAUGGCGAAUAGUUAAAUGAUCUGAAUGGGGUUGGCUUCUCUUGGAGGAUGCCCUGUGCCGCCAACCGGCGCCAACCUUGACCCCAUUCGGGCUGGUCUCAAACAAAUAAUACACUCUAGACCCCUAAUAAGUGGUUCAUUUGGUGCGUAUGGCUCUGGCUGCCCUCCCUCCACGUCGCAGCAGAUCGACACGAGGCUCGAGUGUGUGUGUGUGUGUGUGUGUGUGUGUCUGUGGCUGCUGCUCCAAGUAGGCAUCCGUACAGCCGUCGCGGUACGGAUGAGAAGAAACAAACGAUCCCCAAGACGGGAUUCCCUGGAAUGCUUAUCGAGAUCUGACAGCUCUCCAGUCCUUCCUGCGUUUUCUCUGCCGGACGACGUCGGGAAGCUGAGAGAGACAUUAUUCCUCUCCUCCAAGCUGACCAUCGCCAUUAGUCUGGACGAGCUGCUGCCGAAUCUUCAGAUCUGCGCUCAGGAUAUCCACUGACAGAUUCGCCCAAGGGGACGGGGAAGGCCACGCUGUGGAGCCGGCACUUGAAGGGAGAGACGACCGUUUGGCGCCGCCAGCGCUAUGGUAUGUUGUUCUGCCCUGGCCCCGGCACCGACAGCAAUGACCAGACCGGCCAGGGACUUCAGGGAGCCACCGUAAGUGGAAACGUGGGAAGCUGUAACAUCCGUAAUAAUAAUCACGCUGGCUUUGCCCAUUUGGGAUCCUUGAUCGUGGAUGUCGAGCGGUGGACCGUGU